AGCAUCUUUUACACCUAACACUGACCAAAACCAGAAUCCACAUUCAUUAAUUUAUUACUCUUAUUUUACUUCUCCCCCAACAAAGCACUACUUCUUUAUGUGAUCUCACCAUUUUAGCAGAUCUAUCUUAUUCUGUUCUCGAUUCCAAGAACACCCACUUCAUCUUCUACUCCUAAUCUUUCAUUUCUUGAUUCCAAAAGAAAAAGUUUCAAGAAAUUAAGAGAUGGGUGGUGAUGGCAAAGUUUUUACCUUGGCUCAAGUGUCUGAGCAUAACAAUCCUAAAGACUGUUGGUUGAUUAUCGAUGGCAAGGUCUACGAUGUGACAACGUUCUUGGAAGAACAUCCUGGUGGUGAUGAGGUUUUGUUGUCAGCCACAGGUAAGGAUGCAACUGAUGAUUUUGAGGAUGUGGGUCAUAGCACGGGUGCUCGAGAAACGAUGGAUCAAUACUAUGUCGGAGAGAUCGAUCCCUCCACCGUUCCUCAGAAGGUUACCUACAAACCUCCAAAGCAGCCCCAGUACAAUCAAGAUAAGACGGGCGAAUUCAUCAUCAAGCUCCUGCAAUUCCUCGUUCCCAUUGCUAUAUUGGGGUUGGCUUUCGGUAUCCGCGUCUACACAAAAUCAGCUUAAAGAUAAUUAUCAAACCCUCUUUUCCCCCUUUAAUCCUAGUUUAAAUUUAGCAAUCACAGCUUGUUUCUUUGGUGUUCAUCAUCAUGUCAAUGCAGACCAUUGUGAUAUUUUACCACUGAGUUGCUGAAAAUGGAAUAUAUUAUAUACUAGACAUUCAUCUCUCA